AUGGCCUCCAGAUCGGGGGCCGGUUCCAGCGGACACCGUUCAAACCGCCCUCGAGACGCACAGGAAGACUUCCCGCCGCUUCCUCUCCCCAGACUUCCGUCGUUGCGAACGUUGAGUGGGGACCGGGAACGAUCUCGCCCGUCCUCACCGUCCAGCGCCUCCAUCGGCGGCAUCAGCGGCAUCAACGGCAUCAACGGUCGCCCACCAACGAGACACUGGUCUGCCGCCGCCGCCAGAAGAGCCGAGCGCAUCCGCAACCUCGACGACAGAGCACCCAGCCUGGAUGACUUGGAAUCCAACUCCAUGGACCAGUCGUGGUUCUCAACAUCCCGUCGCCAGUCGAGGCUGCGUCCCCUCGACACCACUUCUCACCACCGACGGCCCAACCUCGACGAACUGGACCAGACUCUCGAUGAGGCCAACUCCCAGCUUCGCACGCUCCUCGACAUGACAAACCACAUCAACCUCAUGACGCCCAUCCUCCGAACAACACUGUCACCCACCAUCCGCUCCCACGACUUCCCCGACGACAACGUCCGGAGCAAGCGGCGGAAAAUCGACUCCAACCGACUCGUCCCCAGCUUCAAGGGCUUUCGGUACGGCAAAUACGGCCAAGUCGAGCCCGGCCAGCUGCAAAUGGAAAUUGUAAGCUGCGACGGCGGCAUGUUCUCCAACGAAUCAUCCUACGCAGCUGAAAAUAUCCUCAAGGACGACAACUCCGUGUACUGCACCAAGGGAAACAGAUGCAAUAUCGUGUUACGACACCAAGGCGCAACUGUCUUUACUCUUGAGGAGCUCAUCAUCAAGGCUCCCGCCUCCAUGAACUAUUCCCACCCCGUCCGCGAAGGCAUGGUGUUCAUCGCCAUGAACCAAGACGACAUCCUCAGCCGCACAGCCCAAUACCAGAUCCAAUACGUCCCCUCCGCCACCCGCAUCACCUUUGACGACAACACCACCCGUCACACCUACGACCGCGACCCUACCCCCCGACACAUCGUCUCCAUCCGCCACCACGACGACGGCUCAACCUCCACCCGCGUCCGCCGCUCUCUCUACCACUCCCACUCCCACGCCAGCUCCCACUCGCACCACGACGAAGACGACCACCGCACCCCCGAAAUGCCCCAUGAGUUCUCCUCUAACCAGCCCGACUUCCGCAUCACCACCGAAUGCACCUCCGACGAAGAAGACUACUCAAUGCCUCACAUCCUCCGCCGUGCCCCCAACCGCAUCGGCUCCCUUCCCUUUGAAACAGAAACCUCCGACUCCGACGACACCCCCUUCGCAGACGACUUCACCGAAUCCUUCCACCGCCAGAUUCACCCCCCAACAAGCUCAUCUACCUCCCACCCAUCUCACUCACGCGCCCGCAACGAACACCUCUCCGUCUCAUUAGCAGAAGCGUGGGACGCACACGCCUCCGCUACACAGGAGGCCGUCCGCGCCGUAGGAGGAGAACUUCUCGUCCCCCACGCCAGGUUCUUCAUCGAAAAGAAAAAGUCAAAAUGUACCAUUCGAUUCGACCCCCCCGUUUCGGGGCGCUUUAUCCUGCUCAAGAUGUGGAGCUCGCAUCACGACGUUGCUAGUAAUAUUGAUAUUCAGAGCGUCAUGGCAAGGGGGUAUGCUGGCCCGCGGUACUUUCCGUCCGUGGAACUGAGUUGA